CUUCCUCUUACCACCACUCUCAAUGCCGUUUGGUCCAAGCAACGAGCUUGACUGAAAACAUCGAUUUAGGAUGCUUUACACUCCUGCGGCCUCGUAUUUGCAUGGUGCGUUCUUAUACAAAGGCCGCGUUAGUUGUUAUAAACCGUGACCUGGUAUUGUAUUGAUCAUAUACUCGUGGAACAAAGUGCAAUUUUGUGCUGUGCUGCUAGUGGUCAUUGAACACAGAUUGCUCACAGCGUGUUGCCGCAGUGGUCGUUGGAUAAGCGCAGCUCCAAAUGAGUCAUCCCGAAAGUCAAGAAAAACAUUUUGUUGGCCCCUCAUUAAUGCAUAGGGGAGGAAAGGCGAUGGACGCCUUUUUAGAAGCAUUUUGUGCUCUAGAUACGGACAACAAAGAAGUCAUUUCUUUGGAGGAUCUUAGGCAUUACAAUGAACAGAACAACCUAGAAGACAGUUUUCCCGAGACAUUCCUAAAAGUCUUCGAUACGGAGCAGACAGGUACAAUCACACUACAGCAGUAUUGCAAGACUCUGGGGCUGGUUCCAAAGCAGCUUCGAGAGUAUCGUCGCCGAAGAACCACCGAAUUGCUGGACCAGUUGAUAUCUUCUGACUUGGAAAUAGUGCAUGACGAUAUGGACAUGGAGAUCAAGGCCAAAAUACUGCAGAUGUUUGUUGACGAUCUUCGAGAAUCAGGGCGGCUGCCAAACGUGGAUGCUCAGAAGUUGGAUAAAUCAAUUCAGAGACUACGUCAAUAUCUGGAAGAAAAGUAUGGACGAAGUUGGCAUGUCAUCGUGUCCAUCAAUCAACAGCUGGCUUGGUUUAGCUAUUGCCCAGGGUACAUGUUUCAUUUCUGCCUUGGCAGAUUUGCGGUGCUGAUCUGGAAAACGCCAUGGGCAUGAGCGGUACGGAGGACAAUGAAUUUUACUAGCACCCAACAAGAUGUCGACAGUGUUGAACAAACUGAUGUAAAACAGAGGAAUUGGUAUUUUAAUUUUUCACUUACUGUAUCUAGUGCGAUUUGCAUUUCAUUAGAUAAUUUGUUAUACGUCUCUAAACGCUGUUUAUAUGAUUGUUUUUAACUUGUUUCAAUAAUUUAGUCAAAGUUACACUUUUGAGCUAAUCGA